AACCCCAACUCAUAUAGUCAUAUUCCUACACGUAUUUCUGAACACUGUGGACUCUCUCUCUCACUCUCUCUCCCUCUCCUGCUAUAAUUUGUUCCGGUGAUAGAAGUUUAUCGCCAUAUCAAAGCUCUGAAACCCUAUCUUCUUCGUUUUCUUACUUUGGCUUCCCCUUUGUAACAAAAUGUCUCUUCUCACUGAUCUUAUCAACCUCAACCUUUCUGAUUCCACCGAGAAGAUUAUUGCAGAGUACAUAUGGAUUGGUGGGUCUGGUAUCGACAUCAGAAGCAAAGCCAGGACUCUUCCUGGACCAGUGAGUGAUCCCUCAAAACUUCCCAAGUGGAACUACGAUGGUUCCAGCACUGGCCAAGCUCCUGGCAAAGACAGUGAAGUCAUCCUUUAUCCACAAGCAAUUUUCAGGGACCCGUUCAGGAGAGGCAACAAUAUUCUUGUCAUAUGUGAUACUUACACCCCGAGUGGAGAACCAAUUCCGACCAAUAAGCGGGCUAACGCGGCUAAAAUUUUCAGCCAUCCUGAUGUCGUAGCCGAAGAACCCUGGUUUGGUUUAGAGCAAGAGUAUACUUUGUUGCAGAAAGAUCUGAAAUGGCCAAUUGGGUGGCCUCUCGGUGGAUUUCCUGGACCACAGGGACCAUACUACUGUGGUGUUGGAGCUGAGAAGUCCUUUGGGCGUGACAUUGUAGAUUCUCACUACAAAGCAUGUCUAUAUGCUGGCAUCGACAUAAGUGGCAUCAAUGCUGAAGUUAUGCCUGGCCAGUGGGAAUUCCAAAUCGGACCAACUGUUGGCAUUGCUGCUGGAGAUCAGUUAUGGGCUGCUCGUCACAUUUUGGAGAGGAUUACAGAGAUAGCUGGAGUGGUGCUUUCGUUUGAUCCCAAACCUAUUGAGGGCGAUUGGAAUGGGGCUGGUGCUCACACAAACUACAGCACCAAGUCGAUGAGAAGCGAUGGUGGUUAUGAAGUGAUAAAAAAGGCGAUUGAAAAGCUUGGCUUGAGGCACAAGGAACACAUUGCUGCUUAUGGCGAUGGCAAUGAACGCCGCCUCACUGGGCGGCACGAAACAGCUGACAUCAAUAGGUUCUUAUGGGGAGUGGCAAACCGAGGAGCGUCAGUGAGAGUCGGGAGGGACACAGAAAAAGACGGGAAAGGUUACUUUGAGGAUAGGAGGCCGGCUUCUAACAUGGAUCCUUAUGUUGUCACCUCCAUGAUCGCUGAAACUACUAUUCUCUGGAAACCCUAAUUGGCUACUCCUACUCUGCAACCAUUAUUUCCAAAUAUUGAAAUAGAAUGGUGCAUGAAUGGGAAUGAAUGAAUAAAUCAAUUGUAUCUUGUCUCAAUCGUGGCAUUGGACCAUUACAACAAUAAAAUUUGACGCUAAAAUUAUGGAGAUUUAACCAUGUAUUGGUAAUUAGAUAAAAGACUUUCCUUC